AAUGGCCUAUUUAUCUAGCUCUUUGGUUUGUGUUUGUGGAAAUACAUAAGAACAUAAUAACGAUAAUGGAGAGCGAAUGAGAGAAUGCAAAGAACAAGAAUCCGUAGAGAGAAAAUUGUGGGUAUCCAUGGGGAGGGAGUUUUUCUCAUUAAUAUAGGUGUAAGCCACCGGAAGUUACAAGGAGGAGUUACAAAUGGAAGUUCCAUGGAAGUUAUUCCUGCACACAUCAUGGGACUAAGAAAGCGGGCUAUUGUACUGAGAGGAGUAACAAGGAAAUGGAGGAACCGAUCGGAAAAUUCUGCAACACGGUGGCGAAAUUCUGCAACCACCUCGAUUCCAGCUGCUCCGCCCUCAAAGAUUCCGUCGAUCGGCGCCCCAUCCCCCUCGAUUCUGCGUCGAAAACCUUCUUGCACAGCGUUAAUAGCAGAGUAUCUGCCGCCGGAGACGAUUUGAACAUGCUAGAAUCCAUGUCCUUCGCCACCGUCUCGUUCGAGGAGCUUCUCGGCCACUGCAACGAGGUCUUGAAGAAGAAUCAAAAUGACAUUUUUGCCCUCCAGGAACACCUCCGUUCCUCCUCCAACUACAUUCCUCCACUCGAUUUUGAUGAAGAUGAUGCCCUAGAAGACUCUGUCUUGGAUAAUUUCUCAACCGGGAGUAGCAAUGAUGUUGCAGAAGACGAUACCUUGCUUGACGACACGAUGAGUUUAAAGAAUUUUGGGAUUUCCGAUGUUUGUCUUGCAAGCAUUGCAUCUCAAGACAGUAGAUUUGAGAUGGAUGAGCCUGAUUUUCUGAUAGAAGGGGAGACAACUGAUGCAUUGGACCAAAAUGAGGAUUCUCGGCUUCGUUUGAGCAUCUCAAAAGAUGAUUAUGAAAGUCUCCCAAAACACAUGCAGGGUUUGGUACCGUGGGAGGAUCUCCUAGUUGCUGUUGAAAAGAUAAACUCUUGCAUAGAAGCAAACAAGAUAAAGUCGAACUCCUUUCGACAAGAUGAAAUUGAACUGCUUGACCUGGGCUAUAAAGCAAGAUCUUACCUAUUGCUGCUCAUAAAAAUGAAUAGGCUAAGCAUCGAGACUAAUGGAGGUGUGAUCUCCUACCGAUUCUUAUAGACUUGUGUCAAUCUUUUUUCUGUAAAGUCCCACCAUGUAUCCUUUAUUGCUGUUCGUGUUUUAGAUACUGGCAAAAUCUAAUAUCACAAAGCUGUUUAAAUUUCCAAGU